AUGUCUUACCGAGGCCACAACCAAUUUAACAACCAAUUUGGACCUGGAGGUCCUUCCCCUGCUGGUAUUCCACCUCAUAUUGGGCCGGUGGUACCUGCAAAGUCAUCAAUGGAACAAUUUGAACAAUUUUCGAAAAAUGUUGAGGACUUGAUCGAUCAAUAUAGUCGUCCGUUGAAGCCAUAUGUUCCCUCGAUUGGUCGUGCUUUUAUUGUUGCGACCUUUUAUGAAGAUUCGCUUCGUAUUUUCACCCAGUGGAGCGAACAAGUAUAUUAUUUGCACAACUAUAGACAUAUCUGGUGGUGGCUCACAGUAUUGUUUUUGUUGACCAACAUUAUCACCAUGGUUGCUGCUCUGACGAUGUUGGUGUUGCGCAAAAAGCCUGAGGUCUCGACUAUUGCUCUUGUAUGUGUGGUUGUGUUUCAAGGGUUGUUUUACGGGUUGAUGUUCGAUGGACAAUUCAUCUUGCGAAACUUGUCGGUGGUUGGAGGAUUGAUUCUUGCAUUCUCCGACAGUUUGGUUCGUGACAAGAGAUUGAUGUCUGUCGCUGGGUUGCCAAUGGUUAAGAACCAGGACAACAAAAAAUACUUUUUGCUUGCAGGCAGAUUAUUAUUGGUUUUAUUGUUCUUGGGAUUCGUAUUCUCUGCUAAACUUUCCCUUUUCAGAGUCAUCGUUAUUCUCGUGGGAUUUGCCGCUUGUGCCUCCAUCAUCGUCGGCUACAACACCAAGUUCGCUGCGUUCGUGUUGACAGUAUUGUUGUUCUUUUACAAUGUGUUCGUUAAUCAAUUCUGGAAGUACUCAUCCGGCGAUUCCAACCGGGACUUCUUGAAAUACGAAUUUUUCCAGACCUUGUCCAUUGUUGGAGGCUUGCUCAUCAUUGUCAAUGCCGGCGCCGGCGAGUUUUCCUUGGAUGAAAAGAAAAAGAUCUAUUAG